CGGCUGCGUGAGGCGGGGGAAGCCGGCGGCCAAGAAAGGGUUAAUUUAAAGGGGCGUCGGGGGUCUCGUCGGAAGGGCGCCGGGUUAUUCUUGGGCGGGGCGGGGUAGGGCUGGACUGGUGGAGAACCCGCUCUGCAUGCAGAAGCCACCCCCCCGUCCUUUUGCAUGCAGAGCCUCAUAUCCUGGAGAGCUGCUGCCAGUCAGUAUAUCAAGUCUGUACAACUUCUUGUAUUGCUGUAACUGUUUGACAAUUGGCAAUCAUGAGCGUCAAUGACUUUGUGAUUCUCCCUGGUUCAAAAACUGGAGUCUCUGUAAAACUGAAAGCAAAAAGUAUACGAGAGCUGCAGUUGGAGAAGGUUCAGCUGGAACUUGAAAAUAAAGAGAUGGAGAAGACACUUCAGCAGCUACAAUCAAACAUGAGCAGAGAAAAACAAGAGAGAGAACGAGCAAGUGGAUAUCGCUGGAAAUCAGGCCAAGCUGGCCUGGGCAUGCAGCCCCAACUGUUGUUGCAGAACAAAGAGAAUGUUGGAAAGGUUUCAUCAGGCAAGAUAAAACUAAGAAUACUCAAAGAACAAAUUCCAGCUCCAGAGCCAGCUAAGCAGCCGCUUGCAAGUAAAGUAGCAAAAGAUGCAGCCCCUGAAAAGCCCAAAGUGAAGGGAAAGGCAUGUGGGCAGUGUGAGACAAAGACUGCGCUCUUGGUGUGCUUAGAGUGCGGAGAAGAUUACUGUCCUAGCUGCUUUGCCAGAGUGCACCAGAAGGGGGCACUUAAGCUCCACAGAACUACUUCUUUGCAGGCAAAAGCACGUAUACCAGUAAGGAAAUUGGAGGCUGCUCAGCAGUUCCUGAAAACAAUAAAUCCUGAGGAAUCUAAUGGCUGCGUAAAUAACGGACUGAAGAAGGAAGUUAAUGAUAUAUUAGUGAAUACUUCAGACAUUCCUUCACCUUUACCAAAAAUGCCAGCCUACAAUAUUGAGGAAGCAUCUACAGAACCUUUUGUGGAGGAUAGGCCCGAGAGCCAGAGUGGUGGGUCUUUACUGCAUGGUGUGUUUGACGAAGAAGAAUCUGCAAAGUCUUUUCAGGAAGCUCUGAAUCAGUGGAGAAGUAGAAAUAACUCUCCGAAAUCUAAGGAGGAACGUUCCUGUCAGGUUGGACCAGAAAAUACUGGUUCCUGUCAGGUGCAGACAAGCCCUCCAGUUGCGAAGAAAGCUAUUGAAAUUGAAUUCAAGGAAGAUGGCUUGAAGUAUAUGGAAAGAUUAUUGAUUAAGAAGCAUAGAAGGACUCCAGUUGAUAAGUUGCCAGAUAGUAUUAUAACAGAUGAACUGAAACUUGAAAAGCCACAGAUUAAUGAACCUGAUGACACUUGGGUUGGAGGAGAGGAGGAGGAGGAUGAAGACGACGAUGAUAUAGCAUUUGCUCGUUUUGAAGCUAAAGAAAUGAAAAAGUACUGGGCAGAUGUUUCCAAAGGAGAAGAGCCCGAGGCACUUCUUGCAAACGUUGAGCCCUCUCUGGAAAUAAGGGUCCUUGAAGACGCUUGCAAAGAGGAGCCAGAAGAACCUGCCAAUUUUGUGGUGUCAGAAGCUGGAUCUGAUGAUUUGAUUGAUUACAGUGGUCCCAUGUCGGAAAAUCAGAAAACUGAACCUGACGUUUUUCUGGCGCAAGCUGGCAAUAUUACCACCAGGUCAUCGCUUUCACCUGCAGCUCAGAAAGAACAGUGUGCAAAUGUGCUUCAUAAUAAACAGAAAGAAACACCUCGAGCAAGAGCACCUUUUGCAGCGUCAGGAAGAGCAGAUGGUGCUUGGGGCUGUUCCGGCGCAGAGGAAACGGUUCUUAGCCCCCUUUUUAAAGGAGCUGCAGCAAAAGAGAAACAUUCGAAGACAAGGAAAAUUAGCACUCGCAAGAAAUCGGAGCAGGCUUCUAGACCGCCCAAAUCGGCUCCGAGGGAACCUUGCGCAGCGAUGUCCGCAGAGUCACACGAAGCGUCGCCACUCACUGCCAAGUCUUCAGUGUUGUUACAGGAAAUAGCCCAGAAGGAGAAACCUAGCUGUGCCCCAUAUCGAGGGCUUGAGGAAUUCUUUACAAGCUGUGAGCAAGUUAUGAUGGAAUCGUUUCCUUCGCCACGUGCAGGCAGACAAUCGCCAAGCCGUGGCAUUUCAUUUUCAGGGUCUCAGCAGUGGAUGAGGCAGUUCAGCUUAAGUGAAUGUGCUGAUGAGUCUGUAGUGCAAGGUGUCUUGGAAAGAGAGCUUGGCAGACCAUCAAGUAGACUGGGAAGGCAAAGCCCAGGUUCAAGAGCUUAUCGGUCGAAGUUGUCCAUUGAAAAUGCUUCUGCAAGGCCCCUUUCUGCAAAUAUUCCUUUUUGCAGAACCAUCACACCCACACUUCGCCCUUCUUCAGUUCUUCAGACAGGAUCCGAAAGCUCAGCUACCUGGCCUUUAUCCCGAGCAGCUUCUGAAAUUUCAGAAAUUGAAGGCAUUGAUGUCACCGAACAUGAUGAUCCUUUCUUGGAAUACAGUACUGAUCAACAAGCCUUAGCAGAUUUAGAAGACGAAUGGCAAAGUAAUGCGGAUCCUUGGGAAGAAUUCAGUGACUUAAGCUCUGGAGACUUCAGUAGACAUUCAAAGGGGGCAUGUCAGAAUUUUCCCGAAUUCCUUAAUAGCCAUGAAAUAAAAGACUACAGUAAAGGUGAUGCUAUAAGAGUUUAUGACGAAAGCCAUACAGACGAUGAGGAAGACAAGAGGGACAAGCAGCAGGUGAUAGAUCUGCAGUGAAAAACACACACAGAAACACACACACACAGAGGAAUCGAACUUGAUGUACCCUUCUGCUUCAAUCCAUAUAAAAUCAUCAGGCUGAGGCACUUAUCUCCCCAGCACGGCAGGUUAACUGAGCUGAUGUGAAGACAAAUCUCAAAUAAAUAAAAUGCAUGUUGAUGCAGAAAAACAAACAGAGAGAAACGCGUUUGGGCUCUUCCUACUUCGCUACUUCCAUUGUUUUCUCCUUUUAUAUUUGUUCAAUGCAUCUGUACCUUGCUCUUCAACCAGAAAAGCUCCCAACGUGGCCAGCAAAUCCGAAUAAUAAAAACACAAAAUUAUGUGUUUUCCUUGGAAAAGAUGAAUUAGGUUCACCCGGGCCAAGCAAGAGGAGGAAUGGUGUAUUGUUCCAUUGUAACAAUUUUUAGUUGCUGUUCGCUGGAGAAGGUUUGUGGCUAUAAGGUUUUCUGGUUUAUGGAGAUAGCAGCCUUGGUGGGAAAGCUGCAAAUUCCAGCUGUAUUGUAUGAUCAGGCGGCUGGCGUGGCUUUGACCGUUAUGGAGCAAGUGGGGACCUGCUGCAAAAUGUUGCAGUAUUCCUCUCUCUUCUAACAAGAGUGCUGCUGUUCAGGCUCUCAACUCUCUGGAUCUUGUACUCUUGGAAGGAAAAACCCAUGAGAUCUUCCUUAUUCCUAGACAAAACUUAAUGGUGAGCCCGGCCUUGGCUGGGGAGGGCAGGGUAUAAAUAAACAUUAUUAUUAUUAUUAUUAUUAUUAUUAUUAUUAUUAUUAUUAUUAUUAUUAUUAUAACAGUAUGAAAAUUGAAAACCGUCCUAGAACAUCAACACAGAACAGUACCUUCAGAUUGAUUUGGUAUCAGUUUUUUUAAUACCACAAAGGCAAGAUUGGCUUAUACAGGCUUAGCUGGCAUGGCUUCACCCACAAAUGUCCUUUUUUGCUGCUAUCCUUCCUGAGCAGAGGCGGGGCUGGAAUGGGUCUUCAGCAAAAGAGGCUCGUGGCAACUUUAAAGGGCAACAAAUUUAUUGCAACAUUUUUGGUGAACUAUGGUCAGAUGCAUGAAGUGGUCUGUAGUCCACAAAAGCGUGUGCCACAAUAAAUUUGUGGUGUC